AUGACGACUAUGACAAUAAAAAAUUUCUUUGAUCCAUAUAUAAAACAAAAUGCACCAAAACAUUUACAACAUGUAUGGUUUUCUUCUCCGGGUUUUGCAUUUUAUGGUGUUCAACGUGAAUUACUUGUUGGUUCUUAUUCAUCUCUAAUUGCAUCACUUGAUAUUGCUCUAUUUGUACUUUUUCUUACAUCAGGCAAUUUAUUUAUUGCAAUUUAUGCUUUAAUUACAAUUACUUUUGUUAUUGCUGUUAGUGUUGCAAUAUUUGCUGCAUUAAAAUGGGAAUUAGGAAUAGUUGAAGCUAUUAUUAUUAUUAUGUCUGUUAGUCUUUCAAUAUUGAUCAUGAACGAAAAAAAAAUAAAACAACAUUAUUCAUCAUCAAUAUCAACACCAACAGAAUCUCCUGAUAAUAUGGAAAUACGAAUUCCUUGUAAAAUGAGUACUUAUCAUUUAAUAUAUAAACAACAACAAAUCGAACGUGAAACACGUGUAACAGAAUCAAUAUCUCGUGUUGGUUCAGCUGUUUUUAUGGCGGCAUUUACAACAUUUGCAGCUAGAUUUUCAAUGACAUUAUCAUCGCUUACUGCAUUUCGACAAAUGGGACAAUUUUUAAUGACAAUUAUGCUUACAUCAUGGGUAUUUUCAAUGUUUUUCUUUUUACCAUUAUGUGCUUAA